GACUUAUCCUUUCUUAUUCUUUAAGCAUAUAUUUCAAUUAGGAUCUAUGUUGUAAUAUAUUCUACUUUUUGUCCCUCUGCAACUUAUUCGUGAGCAACACAGUUCUUUCCUGUUGUGUUGUUGUGUUAGCAAUAUACAUUAAGCCCUUGAAUAGGACCUGUUGUUUUGACCCUUCACAGUAUGAGACUUGAACAAAACUGGAACCCCACACCUCAUAAAAGAAUGCCAAACGCCAGUCCUCUCAGAUUACCCCCAGGAGCCCUGUUCCUGUUUUGUGAAUGGUUUUAAUAGUGAUGUCUGACGUAGUAGUGCGAUUCUCACCUGGAGAAAGAAUCACUCUCAUGCUCAAAGUAUGUAUGUAACAGCAGCACAAGCCAAGAGAUGACUUGAUAAGGCAGAGGUAUGGGAGCUAGUGAUGAUGGGAGUAAGUAUGGGGUGCCCAGGGCAGCCUUAAUCCCUCCAUGCUGCCUCUUUUGUGUUAUAAGCUUAGACGCUCCCGCCUCCACAUUGCAUCCCAUGGUAGAUGAAUUAGUUAAUACCAGUUGGAAUGUGCAUUUCUUUUAGGCGGUAUUAAUGUCCCACUGAGAACAAUUGAACAAGUCUGACAACUGAAAUACAAGGAAAAAUACAAAGGCCAUAUGAUACCUUUUGCAUUUCCUCAAAAGCUUUGUAAACAUGAGAAGUUUCUCAGUGUGAGGGGAUUUUGGCACGCCCUUUUUACUGCAGUCCGUUAAAUUUCAUUGACUGACGCCUGUUUGUCUCAAGUGAGAUAUAGCCACAAACUCUUGGUAAAAUGUCAAAAUAGGUUACUUAAGAUAAAUGCUUGUUAUGAAACUUAGGAAGGAGAGGAGGAGGGGAAAGAGACAAAAGCAGCGGCUCAGACAUCAUCAAACAUCAGCUCCUCCCACCGAGAGCAAACACCUCCCUCCCUGCUUUAGUUCACUCCCAUCACAGCGAGGUUAAAUCACCCUCACACAGCUCCACGGUUCACUACAGAUACACAGGUUGCUCUCAGACCGGAGCACAAGACAGGUGUGACUCCAUCUGAAUGAGGACGCUUUCUCUACCUGUUAAUCAUCAGCCUGGCACAGACACUCAUUUCAGUCUUUUAUCUGAAGACAUUUACUUUCAUCAGUUUGUGCAUCUUUGGCAACACUGUUGGACCCUCUGAAUCAGACCUUAUACAUUACAGAGCAGCACAUUUUUAGGGAGCCUCCUUAAAGACCCAGAGAAAUGAAUUUUGAUGAAAUUCUCUGUCUUAUUGGAGGGUUUGGGAAGUUCCAGAAGGUCUUGUAUGUAUGGAUCUGUCUACCCCAGAUCUUUCUGGCAUUCCACAUGCUGAUCUCUGUCUUCACUGGGGCUGUUCCUCCUCAUGUACGCUGCUCCACAAGGCCCUCAACGGGCGCUUCAGCCUCCUCAAACUUCAACUUCAGCCUUGUGUCUGCCCCCGGCGGGUGGCCUGAGCUGUCCUGCACAGCCUCCUUGAACCACAGCGAUGCUGUAGCCCUUGGCGAUGGACACCCCUCUGGGAGCUGCCAGGGGGGCUGGGUGUACAGCACAGAGACCUUCCAAAGCACCACAGUAACUGAGUGGGACCUGGUUUGUGACAAUGCCGGCCUGAACAACUUGGGCUCCUCCAUCUACAUGUUUGGCCUCCUUGUUGGGGCUGUUGUGUUUGGGAGCUUAGCUGAUAAGUACGGCCGCAGGAUCAUCAUUCUUGUUAGCUUGGCUAUCCAGGUGGUCUUUGGGGUUGGUGCUGCUUUUGCCCCAAAUUUUUACAUCUACACGGCUCUUCGCUUUAUGGUUGGAACAUCCAUCUCUGGUGUCAUCAUGAAUGCCUUUGUUCUAGGCACAGAGUGGACAGGAUCUAAGCAGCGGAUGCUGGCUGGUAUCAUUACUGACUACUUCUUUGGCUUUGGCUACAUUAUGCUGGCUGGAGUGGCUUACCUCAUAAGAGACUGGCGUAAACUACAGCUGGCUAUCUCAGUCCCUGGUUUCCUCUUCAUCUUCUACAUCUGGGUGUUGCCAAAGUCAGCCCGCUGGUUGAUGGCCAGUGACAGGAAGGAGGAAGCGUGGGAACUGAUCCAGAAAGCAGCACAGAUGAAUGGGAAGCCCCUCACCAAAGAUCUGGAGAUGUGUCAGGUCUAUAAAAUUGAAGAGAAAGUGAAGGAAAAACACUCAUGCAUAGACCUCGUUCGAACCCCAAACAUGAGGAGGCAGUCUUUGAUUGUUUUUUAUCUCUGGUUCGUCAACGUGCUCGUGUACUACGGCCUGUCGCUCAACAUUUCUGACUUUGGCAUGAACAUCUAUCUGACGCAGAUGAUCUUUGGCCUGGUAGAGAUGCCUGCACGCACCAUUACCCUGUUCACCCUCAACCGCUCCCGCAAAAUCUCCCAGCUAGCUUUCCUGGCGGUGGGCGGCUCAGCCUGCCUGCUGACCAUCUUCAUCCCCCAAGAGCUGUCCAUCAUCAAAACAGUCCUGGCCAUGAUUGGGAAGUUUGGCAUCACAGCUUCUCUAUCUAUUAUUUAUGUCUACUCAGCUGAGGUGUUCCCCACUGUUAUCAGACAAAAUGGAAUCGGUAUAGGAUCCAUGUUUGCUCGGACUGGUGGUGUCCUGGCUCCCAUGAUGUACCUCUUGAGGGGCAUCAGUCCGCAUGCUCCCAUGGUUCUGUGCGGUCUUUGCCCCCUGCUGGGCUCUGCCCUCACCCUGCUGCUGCCUGAAACGGCCAAUAAGCCUCUGCCUGACACCAUCGAAGACGUGGAGGGAUCAACCCUCAGUGAGGAGGAGGGCGGCGUGAAGACAGUUAUCUUUGACGCUUCUCUGCGGAACACAGACGUGGUCGGCUGCACCAGGAUGGACUGAUGAACAACAGCAGCACCAGUGUAAGCCGCCACAUGUCAGGAUGUGGUCUCCAGUGUUUUUAGGACUAUUCCAAAGGCAAAAGUCUUUGCUUCCAGUGGAAGUCAAGAUUAGACUUUUUUCUGGAUCUUUGCAAGAUACCCAGAUACCCAACAUUUAUACAGCAGUGUAAGUAUUUUUUUUUAAUUAUUUUUUUUUUUACAAUUUUUUGUACAAGUUUGUUUUUAUAUGGCAUCUCAUUGUUGUUCCAGUGAGAUGAACAUCAGCCUCAGCUUAUGUUCUCUGAGCGUGGAAUAAAAUGACUCAUUUUUAAUGUUAUGAUGUUAAAUGAAGCAUACUCCUAGUUUGUACAUUCAUGCAAAUGACAAGGCCCAGCUAAAGUAUUGCUAACACUUGUGGAGGUAAAACACAUGAGUCCUCAAGGGGCAAAUACAAACACUAGGCUGCCAUGACAGAUGUGUAAGACCUAAUGGAAGUAACAAAUUAAAGGAGACAGUUUCAUCCUGUUUUAACAGUUGAAGCACCUAUUUGCUGCAACAGUAGAAACAGUAACUCGUACUUCUGCACAUAUCAAAAGAAUUUCAGGUAACAUUCUUUCCUACACAACACUUGAAAUUACAAAAUUUUGCAAAUUUUAAACCGCCGUGAUGGAUACUCCUGUCCGCAAACUUCUGUGUACUUUUGUUCUGGUGCUGUUUUUUAUAGUUUGGGUUCCUUGGUUCAAAUUUAAAUGCUACAAUGAAGUAUUUUAGACAGUGUGUUUCCAACUUUGUGUCAACAGUUUGUAGAAAGCCAUUUCCUGUUUCAACAUCACAAUGUCUUCAAUGUCCAUAAAAAUGGACAUUUUUAUGGACAAAAAAUGGACAUUUUUAUGGACAUUGCAGUUGAAUGGACAUUUUUAUGGACACUGUUCCUUAGCCUUCCCACCCUCAUCACCCAACAUCAGUAUUGAACUACACACCUGCUCUUGUGGCUGGGAGCAAAUCCCUGCAGCCAGGAACUGGUGGAAAGCCUGAAACCAGAAGAGUGGAGGCUGUCACAGCUGCAGAUGAAUGAACAUGGUUUAGGAAUGACAUGCUUAACUGUCAUGUGUCCACAUACCUUUGGUCAUGUGAUAUACUCAGACCGGUCAUGUAAAGAUGGACACAUACCAGAACCAUUUGUAAAGCUGCCUUUUGGUAAAAUCAUGCGAAUAUCCAACAACACCGGUUCAUACUAUGAAGCAUGACUUACAAAUGUAUUGUUUUCCACCUUUGUAAGCUGAGAAGUUUCUUUUCUAAACUUAAGCUUGUUUGUGAUUUGAAAGUUGUAACUGUAUCAGUGUGCUGCAUGUACAGUACAUCCACACUGGGCAGCUCUCUAAUGCAAACAUGCUCCUCCUCAACCUGUCUUAGGCGUACUGUGAGAUGAUACACUCCCAAAGAAAACACUGUUCUAUUGGGAUGUUUGUCUUGUUAAUCUAUGCUAAAGCACAGACCACACAGUCUGGCCAGCUGGGGCAAACUAUUACAAUUUGUGUAUAUUUUUGUAUUUUUUUUUACUUGUAUAUUUCUUUCAUGUAACAUUUAUAAACAUAAUUUCUUACAAAACUGUGCUGCACAGCAGAUGAAAAUCGCUGAUUCCAACACCUCCCAAUUUGCUGAGGUGAUGUCUACUGUCAGCUCAGUUCAGCCAGUGAAAACUGAUUCAAUUAAACGUCCCAUUACCAGUGUUAUCACAACCAGAAUGAUAUGCAAGCCCAGUACUGUAUGUUUUGCCUACCGUAGGACACUUAGAGAGAACAUUUUGUGUCAGAGUUCAGACACUAAACACAAAAGUAUUUGAAAGUCAGUAGGUGAUACUGAUGCAGUGAUUCUCUCCUAUCUAUGGUCCACAUCUUCCCAGAAUGUGAGUUGAAAAGUGUGCAAGGUGAACAGUAUAUAUGACUGGAAUUGCACUCAGGAACAUCAUUCAGUUAAAGCAGCAUGUUUACAGUACCAACAGCAGAAACUGUCUUAAAGGAAACGCUGACACCUGCUGGUGUACAGUGGUAUCGCAUCUUUUCUGACAGUUCAUCAAUAAAUGCUUGAAAUAUUUUAUGCAAAAAAACAAUGAAAUGUUAUGGUUCCUACGUUUUGUCUUUUUGAUGUUAUAUGAAGUUACAGUGUUCUAUACUAUUCUACAUGUAUAUACUGAUUUUGCAGAAUUGAAGUUUGUGACUCAAGUGAAAAAUGUUUUUAUUGAAUUCAUUUAUACAUUAAAAUUUUGUUAGCAGAA